AUGGCCGACGAGGCGCAGGACGCAAGCAUGGAGGAUGUCCCGCCGUCUGCGCAGGCUGCUGCCGUUGAGGAUGCCGAAAUGGAGGAUGGUGCAGAAGGUGAAGAGGAGGAGGAAGAGGAGAUUGAGGCUCAGAGAGUUAGAAUUCUGCCGGGUUCAACGGAUACAGCUGCCUCGUUUGAGUUUAUCGACGAGGGACAUACGCUUGGUAAUGCGCUGAGGUAUAUCAUUAUGAAGAAUCCCGAUGUUGAAUUUUGCGCUUAUGCUAUUCCUCAUCCUUCGGAGCCAAAGAUGAAUAUUAGAAUUCAGACCUACGAGGGCAAUGCGGUAGAUGCCUUGAAGAAAGGUCUAGCGGAUCUGCAGGACGUGUGCGAUGUGGUGGCCGAUGAGUUCUGGACCAAGAGACAGGCGUUUAAUGCGGAGAAUGGCAUUGAAAGGUGA